GCAGUAUUUUUAACCCAUGCCCCGAACUGCACGUGUGCCUUUAUACUGAUUUAUUGCCAUAGCAACCUAAAGAACGUAAUACUUGACGAGACGACAUUUCGCCAGCCUUAUUUACUUUGCAAUACCUGCUGGCGUUGUACCUUUACGUCAACACAGUAGGUUUUACACUUCCGUUUAACCUGAAACGCGUCGGUACAGUUUGUUGCUGCUCCACCUCUGUGGUAAUUUCUAGCAAAGGGUACACCAGAACACCGUAAUGGCUAGUUUAAACACCGACGCAGUCUAUCGGCGUGACUAGUAGGAUCAUUACGGUAAAUGUAGGUUGCUGAGCCUGUGUGUGUCCGACAGACCGGGAGUUCCUCUGGAAGACACUACGCCGAACAGGUCUCGGAUGUUAUCCUUUCUUGUGAGCCUCGAACAACAUUUCAUCUAGCCAGGUGCAACAAAAGGGCCUGUCGCACUUGGCUUUCUCUAUUCUUCUGACAAUCUCUACGUCAGUCUUUUGAUAGUGGGAGAGAAGAUAGUUUCUCUGGAUCCAGCCUGACUCCUAUUCCAAAGUUCCAUCCCACCUAAUCAGAAGGAGAGACCCCAACCCUUGCUAAACCUCUUCGGCUGCUAGCUAGCAUCAGCAUGGCAGACAGUCGACAGCCAGAAGACGGUACCCCUCAGUGGGACCCAUCAGCGGGGCAGGAGCCUGGUGGCACCCAUGGAGCCAAUGGCUACUCCUCCUCAGCCUACAGGACCUGCCAGCCUGGUGGGACCCAUGUGGCCACAGCCCCCUAUUCUGCCAGGGAGAACGGCUUCAACGGUGAACUAACUGGAGCUCACGCUAUAACUGCAGAGCAAGUGUCAGCCCGGAUUGUACAGGAAGUGACAGCAGAGGCAGUGGCAGUACUGAAGGGAGAGCAGGAGACUCAAAGACUGCCAUCAGUUGAAGACACCACCAAUUUGCCUCCCUCGCCUCCCCCCUCACCUGCUGCAGAGCACUUUGGACCUCUAGAACAAGAUGUAGGGGAUGAGGAGGAGGCGGGCCCUCUCCGCCGCUUCCAAAAUUCUCGUGAGAGGUGCAAGUUCCUCGCCCCCUCCAUCUCAGUUUCCGUGCCCGAGGACGACCCCUACCACUCCGAAGAGGAGUACUAUGAGCACCCAUUGUUCAGCCCAGAGUGGACGCACUCGGGCUCUCGCCCCACAGGGCAAGCCGUGGCCUUUAGACAGAUUGAAGAAGAGACCAUGGAGGCUCUUACAGCUGAAUACGAGGAGGAGGUGGAAGAUGAGGAGGAGAGUGCAGAGGCAGCAGAGUCCGAGGCAGCUCUUGAUGAGCAGCAGUGGAGUGGGGAAGAGCCCGAGCUGGACAGCCCCCAAGCUGAGCCCUUAGAGCAGGCAGAGGCCAUAGACGAGGCCCAGGAUCUAGACCUGGAGCCGGCUGAGGCAGCUAGUGCUACUGCAGAGAGCUCUAUGGACAGAGAGGAGGAGGAAGCAGAGGGUGAGGAGAGCCCGGAGACAGCUUUGAAGAUGGAGACAGACAAGCAGGACAGUGGAUCCAUGAGCCCUGACAGCAUUGGAUCAGAGAAACGCCCAGAGGAGUUUUAUGAGCCCCAGAUCCAAGGGUUCUUUGCUGGUGAACGAGUUGUACCAGAGAGUCCCACCAUGGAUAUGCCAUCCUUUGUACCCCCAGAUGUUCAAAGUCAAGCCAAGGAACCCGUCAGAUCGAUCACACUUCAGCCUACAUAUGGUGAGCCGAUUACAGUGUCAGAGAAGCAGCCAUCAGUGGAGGUGGUAGAGUUCAGCAGCAUCAGCUCUCCUGCUGAUUUCACAUCAGUGGGAGCCAAAGUUCAAGGAGGAGACUCAACAAGUGACACAAAAGACAGAUCUGGGAUGUCAGCCUAUUUUGAAACAUCAGCCAUGGAGGUUAGUGAAGGUCCUCACAGUAAAGGUGAGGGUUAUUACGAACUGAGUAGAGCUGGUGAAAAGCAGAGUACUGAUGAUACCAGUUCUCCUGAGAUCAGCUACAGCACACUUGCUGAAGCUCAAGAUAAACCUGAAGCUAAAAAAAGUACAACAGAAGACACUAGGGUAUUUACAGUUCCUGACAGGAGUAAUGACUGCAGGCUUUCCCCAGGUAAACUUGCCUUAGAGCAGAGGAGUUACUCACUUAACAUCACCAUAGGAGCAAUGGAUCAAAGUGGCCAAGGUAGACAAAGAAACUUCUCCCCACUGGCCACAGAUAUCAUGUCAUAUACCAGUGGAAGCUUAGAUGACUCAGCAGACUACCUUCCAGUUACCACACCAUCUGCAGAUAAGCCACCAUCUUUCCCUCCACUCAUACUUGAGACGGCAGCUUCCAUUACUUCAGACUCCUCAUCUCCUCCAAGGAUCGCAGAGCAGCCUCCAAAACCUAGUCCUGAACCGGAAUCUCCAGAAUCCCCUGAGCCUCCCAAGAAUACAUAUAAAAAUGGCACAGUAAUGGCACAAGACUUGCCCGAAAUGCUUGACCUUGCUGGUAACCGUUCGGGACUGCAAUCAGAAAACAGUGACCCAGAAAUCAUUCGGAGGAAGUCGAUUCAAUCUGAUUCUUCUGCCUUAAAUUAUGACCCACUGGCUAGCCUAAUUUCAGGGGAACAGAGUCCUGGAGCUAGAAAGAGUGACAGCCAGCUGGAAGAGAUGGGUUAUUGUGUUUUUAGUGAAUAUUCAGGGCCCAUGCCGUCCCCUGCAGAUGUGUUCAGCCCUACAGACACUUCUGCACAAGUCUUCACCCCGUCUGUCCUGGAGGAAAAGGUAGCUGAGCAGGCAAGAAAAUUAGCAGUCAGAGAUGUGUCUUUGGAGGAUAAGACACAGCCAUCAGGAGUUGCUGAUGCAGCUGAAGAAAAAGACCAGAAAGAAGAAGAGAGAAAAGAUUCAGCUGAAGAAAAUAAAAAGAACAAAGAAGAUGAUCAGAUGAUUACCUCUGUAAGCGAGACACCACUUGCUCAGCCCUGUGAGCCUUUUGUGACACCAACUGUCACUGUGACACUGGAGGAAGGUGGGAGGUCAGUGAGCGAGACUGAACGGCAAGCCAGCGGUGAAGGCUCAGCGUCAGAAACUGAGAUUGCUGACUAUGAGAGGCAGAUCCGGAAACUGGAGAUGGAGGACAGGCCUCUCAGUUUGGAGGAGGAGCGAGAGCUGCAGGAGCUUCGAGAGAAGGUGAAGCUGGUGCAUCAGGAAGCCUAUGAGGAAGUGGAUGCUGAAGAUGUGUACCAGCUGACUGGUGUGGCCAAGGACCGAAUUGCCAGGCCUGUUAAAACUUCAUCUGCCUCAUCUGUGGAGAGCAAUAUCGAUGAUGACAAGCUGCUCUCCCCAGUGCUCUCACCCUCCAAACUUAAACAAAGAGAAAUGUAUGGCUCCCCGAAAAGAUCAGCUUCACCUGUGUUAGGCAUAAACAAAGAUGAGAGAGAAGAUCCAGAAAAGAAAAUGAAGGCAGAGCAAGAGAAAGAAGCAGUCGAGAAGAAACUUAAAGAGGAGGAAGAAAAGAAAAAGAAGGAGUUGAGAGAGAAGGAAGAGAAAGAAACAAUAGAAAGGCAGCUGAAAGAAAAGGAAGAGCGUGAGAAGGAAGAAGAGAUGAACACAAAAGUUGCAGACCAGCCUGAAGUGGAUGCAAGACAAAAAGAAGCUGAUGCAAUAAAGCCUGCUGAGGUUGAGAAGAUGAAGGACAAAGGCGACGUGACGAAGGAAAUACCCGAGGCUCAUGCUGCCAUUGAGUCUGUGGUGACAGUUGAAGAUGAUUUCAUUACUGUGGUCCAAACCAUUGAUGAAGCCGAAGAGCCGGGCCACAGCGUUCGUUUCUCUGCCCCACCUGAGGCCGAAGCAGUUUGCAUUGCUGCCCAGAAAGAAGAAGAAGAAGAGGAAGAAGAGUCUGUGGAGCUGGCUCAGGAAGCGGACAUAGAGGCUGCCAGUUUAGAGGAAAUGGGAGAUGUUCCUGAAAUUCCCGGCUCCCCCGAGAGGGAGGCUCAGACCAUAGAAACAGAAGGACCAACAGAAAGCUAUGAUAGAGAUGAAACCACAAUGGAUGACUCCAUUCUGGACAGCUCCUGGGUUGACACUCAAGAUGACGAUAAGAGUAUGGUAACGGAGCACACUGAGCCUUUGCCCAAGAUGUCUAGUCCGGUCAAAAAACCUGCUGUGGUCCAGAACAAACUGGCACAACAGUGGAAGACAGAGAAACAGGAAAAGCCUGUUAAAGCCAAGACUAAGGGGGGGCGGCCUAAGGGACGAAUCUCGACUCCAGAACGCAAACCUACCCGCAAAGAACCUGCCUACAUCCCCAAAGAGGAACUCAAGAAGAAAAAAGCAGUGAUAAAGAAGGCUGACCUGGCCAAAAAAAUGGAGACUCGGACUCAAUCCCCGUCCAAGAGGACUGCGGGGAAAGCAGCAGUCCGCCAGACCCGUCCUAUCCAGCACCACUCCUGCCCCAGGAGAAUAACCACAGAGGUCCUACCUGACAGUCGUCAGCCUCUCAGCGUUGCCAGACAGUCUCGUGACAGAGCAUCGUGCCAUGCCCAUCAUUUACCGUUUACAAAGAUCCCCACCUUCAUAUCCAGAGCGGCUGCCUCGCUAGAUAGACCUCGUCCAUCCUCAGCAGAGCCUCAGGGCUCCACAGAAUUACAGAAACAAAUAGCUAAGGAUGGUGGGUCACGGAGCCCAGAGAAGAGGUCUUCAGUGCCACGCCACACCUCAUUUAUGAGUCGCCGUGGGCCCCAUGACCAUGAAGAGAGCUCUACCUCUAUCACUAGCUCUGGCUCUACGGCUCCUCGCAGGCCCACAUCAUUUCGCACUGAGAUGAGGGCAGAACACAGGACAGGGCGAGCUCCUAGCAUGACAGUUACAGAAUCAGUGCGCUCACGUUCAGCUCGCAGUGGCCACUCCACCCCACGCACCCCUGGCUCAACAGCCAUCACCCCAGGAACUCCUCCCAGUUACUCAUCAUCUUCGAGGACCCCCGGGACCCCACGCUCCCUCAGUCUGAUUUGUCAGGAGAGGAAGGUGGCUGUGGUCCGUACCCCACCCAAGUCACCUGCAACAACACCCAAGCAGCUCCGUAUUAUCAACCAGCCACUCCCUGACUUCAAGAAUAUCAAGUCUAAGAUUGGCUCCACAGAGAAUAUCAAGUAUCAGCCUAAAGGAGGACAGGUACAAAUACAGAACAAGAAGAUUGACUUGAGCCAUGUGACCUCCAAGUGUGGCUCUCUAGACAACAUCCAUCAUCGGCCAGGAGGUGGUAAUGUGCGUAUCGAGAGUGUGAAGUUGGACUUCAAAGACAAAGCCCAAGCAAAGGUGGGUUCCCUGGAAAAUGCUCACCACAUUCCUGGUGGAGGCCACGUCACGAUUGAAAGCCACAGGUUGACAUUUCGGGACAAUGCCAAGGCCCGAGUAGAUCAUGGAGCCGAGAUCAUCAUCCAGUCACCAGGUCUCUCUGGCUCAGUGUCUCCCCACCGCAUCCGCGAAAGCCAUCUAUCAUCCUCCGGGAGUCUCAACAUGAUGGAUUCCCCACAGUUAGCAACCUUGGCGGAGGAUGUCACUGCAGCUCUGGCCAAGCAGGGUUUGUGAACACUGGAUCUCUGGAUCGCUGCUCUGCACCCAAGACGUCCUCAUCCUGAUCCAUUCAAACUUUUCUGCCCUCUCCUGCCACCCUAAGGCUGACUGAUCACCGCUACUACUCAGCUAAACCGGUUCUAAGUAGAGACUCAAAGUAGGAGCUACUGUACUUUGGUCCUAUUUAUUCUGUUUUCUGUCUAUUUUAAACCCAAACGUCCUAUUUCUGAUUGAUUUUGAUCUCCCUCGUUUUGAAUGAUGUUGCAAAGAAAAGUUUGCUGUAACCUCUAAAUAGUGGGGACAAAAGAUUGGCUUUACUGGUCUUGGAUCAGUGUUGAAGAAGCAACAGCCUUUUUUCUACUUUGAAUAAGAAAUAACGCCACGACCACCACACCGCACGUGUUGCUCUUGUUCAGUAAACGUGCAUGGACACCCUAUCAAAACACGCAUCCUUACUGCAAAUCAUUCUUGUCAUCCAAUAUAUAAUAUAUUUAUCAAAUAUAUAUAGAAACAUGUAUAAAAUAAAGGUUCUUUGCCAUCUACAUGUCCUGAAAACAUUUUAAAAGGAAGUGACAAAAAUGGCUUGAAAAUCUGUAAAAUUGCAUUUAUGCAAGCAACUAGGUCAUGUUACCACGAGCAUGUAUGGAUUCAAGUCUUAAAAGAGGCUAUUUUGUAAUUUAAAAUAAGGAUUUUAGUAAGUUAUUUCCUCAUUUAUUGGAUAAAAAUUAAACAAGUUCAUGUUUUGUAGUUAAUAGUUGUUUACAGUGUAAUGCUUGGUGACAAUGUCAGACAGCUGAUUUGGUGUUGCUAAAGAAUGCAUCUCAGUCAUGUCAAAGUGCAUCACACACUUGCACCUGCUCAGCGGUUCAACGCAGAAGCCUGUCCAUACAUCACAGCAGUAUUAAACACUGGCACUCAUUCGACAAACAUCCUCAAAAGGAAAGUCUGUUCAGACGCAGCUCACAAGAAUAAACAGCACUGACAUUUCUCCAGUAUUACAGGCUGACAUUGCCCUCAUCGGGACUGCCGGAACCACAGAGGAGAUGCUACAAUUUGCGACCUGAUAUUUAGCAGAAGAUGCAGCUACUCUGAAAUCUGUCUGUGCGUGUGCUUUUUGGUGCAGGUCCCCUGCUGUUUUACAGCGGACGCUACCGUAUCUGGAUGUUUUGUUGCAAUAUGCGGGAGAAUAAAUUGGACAAAAAUAUUUUGAAAAAUCCUAAAAGUUAAAAAGACUCAGUCAACUCCUGUUAUGUCUGUUAGGAAAAAAAAAGUGUUUGGGUGAUCUAGUUUCUUUUUCAGACACCAUUUGUGGUAUGCCCUGCCCUCCUGCCCACUACUUACUGCCCUCACCUGCAACUGUUUGUUUGCUUCCGUGUUUUUUCUGCAUUCCCCAUCUCUGUGUGCCCCUUCCCCACCUCCUACUCCAACCUACAGCAACUGUAAAUGUAUUUAAAAGGUCAAGUAGAUGUACGCAGUUUUUCUCUUGUUGAUAUGACACCAGUUACAAUAAUUAAUGACAAUAAAACGACCAAAAAAUGGGAAAAA